CUUCUUCUUCUUCUUCUUCUUCACACACUUCGCUACGGUUACACUGCAAAAUCGCCAAUUUCUCUCUCCUUUAUCUGCCCCCGGCAUUCUCCAUCUUCCUCCGUUCGAGCGACAAGAUUCUCUUUUUGCCUGUUCUUCCUCGCUCGGGUCUGAUCGAUCUUGGAAGAAGAUGUUCGAGGCACAGGGGUUCGUGGAUUUGGGCGAGAAUUCGGGUCUGGUGGGAGAUCCGAAACUGUGGCUUUCCGGGGACAUCAACUCGUCCUCCCCGACUCACCUCCCAGCUCACUCGGGCGCCGCUGCCGCCAAUGUCGACCGCGUCCUCUUCAAUGACCUCGUCGAGAUCGUCCCUCUCGUCCAGUCCCUCAUCGAUCGGAAACCGAGCAGUUCUUUCACACGACGGGGAUCCGUGGUAUAUACUAAGACGCCUUCCAGAGAAUCGCUGUCCAGAAAAGUAAAUGAACCAAAAGCUAGAAAUGCAGCUCAAUCCAUGCCUGCUAAAAAGGGAAGGGAUACUGGUGAUAAAGAACAAGGUAGGAAUGGCAGUGGCAACAAUCAAGAUGCUGACAACUUCUCAAUUUACUCCUCAAGAGGUUUGGCAGCAGAAAGAGAAGAGUUGGUGCUCUUAAAAGGACAAGUGGAAGAUCUUCAAAGGAAAUUACUGGAGAAAGAAGAACUUCUUAAAUCAGUGGAAGUUUCCAAGAACCAGAUAAAUUCUGUCCAUGCACAGGUUGAAGAGUUGAAGCAUGAGGCUUCACAAAAAGAUUCGUUUAUCAAGUCCAUCCAGAUACAGCUUUCUGAUGCAAAGAUUAAACUUGCAGAUAAGCAAGCUGCACUAGAAAAGACACAAUGGGAAGCCAUGUCAUCUGAAAAAAGAGUAGAAAAGCUCCAAGAGGAGCUUGAUGCCAUUCAGGGUGAUGUUUCAUUAAUCACGUCACUUUUUGAGGGUUUGACAGAGAAUGAUGCAACUCUAUAUAGCGGAGAUACUGACAUCACACCAUAUCGUGCAGAUGAUCUUCCUUGGAUGGAAGAUUUGGAUGUCACCAAGAUGCAGAAAAUGGAAGAAGCAAGACAAGCUUACAUCCUUGCCGUGGCUGCUGCAAAGGAAAAGCAAGACGAAGAAUCCUUGGCCCUUGCAGCCAAAGCCAGGUUGCAUCUGCAGUCAUUUGUUUUUAGAACUGACAAUAUCUGUGAUGACGAAUUUCAAUGUGGAUGGGAACAUGCUUAACACUGAGAUUCGACUUUCUUUUUUUGCUGCUUCGUGAAAGUAUCUCCGGGUGUCCGGGUGUUUGUAUUGGCUGUAUGCUUAUUGAUGCUAUGUACAUGUCAAUCGAUCCCUCAUUGUAAACCUCUACUGUAUGUAGUGUAAUGUUAUGUAACCUAUUUGUAUUAUUGAGAUUCGAAUUCCUAGAGCA